AUUUCCAUAACGGGUCAAAUCGAAGCCUCUCUCUCUCUCUCUCAGUGUUUGUGUGAGAGGCAAGGAGAGGGAGGAAGCAGAUUGGCUGGAGAGAGGGGCCGGAGAAUGGUUGAUCAAGCAUCAACUGUCGAGCCUCUCAGAAUCUCACACAAGGAUAGGGUUAGGGCUCUAGAAACCACAAUGACACACAUCGAGCAACAGGAAGAAGCAACGGGGAUCGACAUCAUGGUGCCGCAAAGAUGGCGAGACUUGGCAGAAGAGAAAUGGCAAUCGUCGGAAAAGCAGGCAAGGGUCACAGAUUUUAAAAAAUCUUCACAAGACUGAACUUUUUAGAAAUUUAACUUCCGACAGUGUUGUUUUAUGCAAUUCUAUAUUUAUAGUCAAUUUUUAGUAGUAAAUAUUUUUUGUAGUCAAUGCUUUCAAUACAUUGCUAUGUUUUGGUGCUAAAUUUGUAAACACAGUGAUUUCUCCAUAAUGUUACCAUGUAUUGAACUGCUUUUCCUGUCAAUUUGUUGUAAAACAUGAUCUUUGGUGCUUAAUUUCUAAAAUCAUAAUGUAAUUUGACCUUUAAUAGGCUUUUCCUUAAUCCCUCCUUAUUAUCCAACAUUUUCACUUAUCCAGUGUUCUCCUGGUCAGUUUAUGUUGGAUAAGCGAGACUCUGCUGUUCUCUGAAAUUAGGUAUGGGAUGUUCUACGUUGGAGCGGAAAAAUCCAACCUUAAGGGAGCAUGGGAAAAGAGAACUGGGAUUGGGGGAGAGAAAUAAAAAGGAGAGAAGGAUGGUGAAAUGGGUGGUAGUUGGUAAAGUCUAAAGCUAGAGAAAAAGGCAAGCAUUUGGAUGUGAAGGGGAAAGGCAUCCAUUCCCCAGAGAGAAGGAGACGGAAUAAACAACCGGGCUGGGCUGAGCAACAGGGAGCCUCAGGAGCGUAUGUUACUCAUCUCUCUCUUAGAGGCUCCAGGCAGACAACCAGGGUCCAUCUUCACUGAACAAGGGGUGGGGAAAGGACAACGUGUAUAUCUCCUUUUCCUCCAUGUCUGUGUUGUUUUGAGGAUCAUUUCAAUCCACUUCUUAUCCCACAUCCUUUGAGUCUUUAUGACUCACACUGAGGAACAAUUGUUUAUGUUCUUCUUCACAGUAGAUAACGGGGAGAAGAGCCAUGUAUGCACCAAAUACAGGAAGCAUUUUGGACACAACUGGGGCCUUCGUCAACAGCAGCAAGCCCACAGAGAAGAUGGAGGUUCUGCCAAAGAAAGGCCUGACAAAUGCAGUGUAUGUGGGAGGUGUUUUACCCAAAAUAUGGCACUUGUGCUUCACAAGACACUUGAUGUUGGGAAAAGCCAUCUUAAAGGGAAAGUAUCUGCAAAAUGUGUGGUGAAACACAAGAAAUUUCACACAGGUCAGGAACAAUACAGAUGCCAAGAGUGUGGGAAAUGUUUUGCUUCCAGUUCAGCCUUGGUGAGGCUCAAAAGACUCCACACAGGAGAGAAGCCACACCAAUGCCAGGAGUGUGGGAAAUGUUUUGCUGAAAGUUCAGCCUUGUUGAGCCACAAAAGAGUCCACACCAGGGAGAAGCCAUACAAAUGUGAGGAGUGUGGGAAAUGUUCUGUUUCCCAUUCAGACUUGUUGAAGCACAAAAGACUCGACACAGGAGAGAAGCCAUACCAGUGCCAGGAGUGUGGGAAAUGUUUUACUUGCAGUUCAACCUUGGUGAGCCACAAAAGACUCCACACAGGAGAGAAGCCACACCAAUGCCAGGAGUGUGGGAAAUGUUCUGCUUCCCGUUCAGACUUGUUGAAGCACAAAAGACUCCAUACAGGAGAGAAGCCAUACAAAUGCCAGGAGUGUGGGAAAUGUUUUGCUGAAAGUUCAGCCUUGGUGAGGCACAAAAGACUCCACACAGGAGAGAAGCCAUACCAAUGCCAGGAGUGUGGGACAUGUUUUGCUUGCAGUUCACACUUGGUGAGCCGCAAAAGACUCCACACAGGAGAGAAGCCAUACCAAUGCCAGGAGUGUGGGAAAUGUUUUACUUCCAGUUCAACCUUGGUGAGGCACAAAAGACUCCACACAGGAGAGAAGCCAUACCAAUGCCAGGAGUGUGGGAAAUGUUUUGCUUACAGUUCAGACUUGGUGAGGCACAAAAGACUCCACACAGGAGAGAAGCCAUACCUAUGCCAGGAGUGUGGGAAAUGUUUUGCUGUCAGUUCACACUUGGCGAGGCACAAAAGAGUCCACACCAGGGAGAAGCCAUACCAAUGCCAGGAGUGUGGGAAAUGUUUUGCUUACAGUUCAGACUUGGUGAAACACAAAAGACUCCACACAGGAGAGAAGCCAUACAAAUGCCAGGAGUGUGGGAAAUGUUUUGCUGACAGUUCAAACUUGAUGAGCCACAAAAGACUCCACACAGGAGAGAAGCCAUAUAAAUGCCAUGAAUGUGGAAAAUGUUUUACUCAGAGUUCAGCCCUUAACCAGCACCAGAGAACACAUACCGGCUAAAAAACAGCCAUUGUGUGUAAAUGUCUGAUUUCAAACUUUGAAAAGUUCUGCGUCAGAUUUGGUGGAGUCCCCGUUCUUGUCAUUUGAACCUGUAAGUUGGAGGUCUGUUCUCUGGAGCAGCAGAAAGAAAGCUCUGUGUGACAGUCCUUCAGAGCAGUGGUUCUCAACCUGUGGGUCCACAGAUGUUUUGGCCUUCAACUCCCAUAAAUCCUAACAGCUGGUAAACUGGCUGGGAUUUCUGGGAGUUGUAGGCCAAAACACCCGGGGACCCACAGGUUGAGGACCACUGCUUCAGUGUCAGUUCCUGGCAGGUGUAGGAGACAAAGAUAGGCUCACACAGCUUGUAGCUAUGGAAAACUUUAUUGAAUCCGCCUUGCCAAAAUGGCCGCAAAGCUUCUACUGCCCGUCUUCCGCUCUUUCCCCUCAGUAUAUUGGGUGGUUGCUUCCCUCCUCCCUUCACGUCUCUUCUUCUCCAUUCACACCUCCCUUUCCUUUUGUCCUUUCCCACGUUUGAAGACCAGACCCUGUCAUAAACCAGCCUUCCCAGCCAAAUGGUCUUCUUUAUCCGAUUUGUUGUAGUCAGGUGUGAAAAGGACAGCUUGGAGAAUGCUGAUCUUUUUGCAUCCUGACAUUCAGAGAGUUAAAUAUUAAGUUAAGUCUUGUCACCUCGUCUGAAAAGAAAUAAACCAUAAGUGAUUCCAUCACUUGUUCCUCUGGUCUUAGUUUCCAGCUCCAUUUCCACCUUGGUUUAAAUGUCCAGUUUGUGAACGUUGUGCCCCUACAGACACAUCCUCUGUUUUCCUCUUUAGUCAGGACUGGUCAGCUUGAAUAUUGUAAAUGGCCGUUAUGGGAGGGAUCCAGAGUUAGCCCCUUCCCUUUCAGACAGUGGCUCUCAACCAGUGGUCCACGGACUACCAGUGGUUCGCAAGAACUAAAAUACGGUCUGGCUUCUAACCUUCCCUUCCUUUGCUUUCUUUUUUCUAGCCCUUCCUUCCCCUUUCUUCCUUCUUUCCUUCUAUCCUUGUCUUCUUGUCCCUUCCUUUGCCUUUUCUCUUGCCCUUCAUUCCUUCCUUUUUCUCUUCCCUCCCUUUUCUCCCCUUUGCCUUUUCUCUUGCCCUUCUUUCCUUUUUUUCUUCCCUUCACUUUCCUUCCUUUUCCUUCUUUUCUCUUGCCCUUCCUUCCUUUUUCUCUUCUCUCCUCUUCCCUUCCUUUGCCUUCUUUUCUCUUGCCUUCUUUCCUUGCUUUUUCUUGCUCUUCGCUUGCCUUCCCUUCCUUUGCCUAUCAUAUGUUAUGGACUGGAGUAGAGUACAAUAUAUGUCUCAUUUGAUGCCUUAUGAACUUGAAUGCAAACUAUAAUUGUUUUUAUUAAUCUGUUUAUCCUAUUAUAUUAUAUUAUAUUAUUGAUGUACUCUGAUUGUUGUUUAUGUGAGUUUAAUAUGUCGUAAGCCUCUUUGGGUCCAGUGAGGGAGAAAAGCAGGAUAUAAAUAAAGAUUCAUCAUCAUCAUCAUCA